CGCUCACUCACGUCGCCCACUCACUCACGUUGCCCGCGCAUUGCCGUUGCAGCAUUUGGCCGCGUGGCCAUGCCGCCGGGGCUGGUGCGACGGGAGCUGUCGUGCGAGGGCUACCCCAUCGACCUACGCUGCCCGGGCAGCGACGUCAUCAUGAUCGAGAGCGCCAACUACGGCCGCACCGACGACCACAUCUGCGACGCCGAUCCCGCCAAGAUGGAGAACGUGCACUGCUACCUGCCGGACACGUUCAAGAUCAUGACGCAGCGAUGCAACAAUCGGACGCAGUGCAUCGUGGUGGCGGGCAGCGACGUGUUCCAGGACCCCUGCCCUGGCAUCUACAAGUUCCUCGAAGUUCAUUACGAAUGCGUCCCCUACAGGCUGGAACAGAAAGUCUUCCUGUGCCCCGGCUCGCUGAGAGCCGUCUCGCAGGCUCUGCACCUCUUCGAGGCGGAGCAGCAAGCGGGGGCCUGGUGCAAAGAUCCGUUGCAGGCCACCGACCGGGUCUACUACAUGCCCUGGUUGCCCUACCGCACCGACGGCCUCACCGAGUUCGCCUCGCUCGAGGACUUCAUCGCCGGGCGCCCGUCCACCACCUACAAGCUGCCCCACCGCGUGGACGGCACGGGCUUCGUGGUGUACGACGGCGCGGUGUUCUUCAACAAGGAGCGCACGCGCAACGUCGUCAAGUUCGACCUGCGCACGCGCAUCAAGAGCGGCGAGGCCAUCAUCCCCAACGCCAACUACCACGACACGUCGCCCUACCGCUGGGGCGGCAAGUCCGACAUGGACCUGGCGGUGGACGAGAACGGCCUGUGGGUCAUCUACGCGACGGAGCAGAACAACGGGCGCGUGGUGGUGAGCCAGCUAAACCCGUACACGCUGCGCAUCGAGGGCUCGUGGGAGACGGCCUACGACAAGCGCUCGGCCUCCAACGCGUUCAUGGCGUGCGGCGUCCUCUACGUGCUGCGCUCCGUCUACGAGGACGACGAAAACGAGGCGGCCGGCAACCGCAUCGACUACAUGUACAACACGAACCUGCACCGCGACGCUCACCUCGCCGUGCCCUUCCCCAACCCCUACCAGUUCAUCGCCUCCGCGCAGUACAACCCCCGCGACAACCUCCUCUACGUGUGGAACAACUACCACGUGCUCCGCUACGCCCUCGACUUCGGCCCACCAGACCCCACCGCUGUACAAGGCGUCACCACGCUGGGCCACGGCAGCACCACGGUCCCCGUCGUGACCGCCGGGCGGCCUCGGGGGACGCCGACCACCCCGUCGCUGACUGACCAUCUGCCCCCAGAGGGCGCACGCCCGCGGGAGCGGGACAGCAAGCUGGGCCCGGCCGACCCCCAGAGCACGGCCAAGCCUCCCAGCCUCCCCAAGCAGACGCAGAGGCCCAACCUGCUGCCGGUGUUCUGCGAGGGCGAGCAGAGCCGAGGCAUCGCCUGGCCCCGCACCGCCGAGGGCAAGACCGCCGAGCGGCCCUGUCCCACGGGCACCACCGGCACAGCACUCUACCACUGCCAAGCUAUUAAGGGGCACUGGCUGGCUAAAGGACCCGACUUCAGCAACUGCACCUCUCCAUGGGUCUACCAGAUUGCACAAAAGAUAAAGAGCGGCGAGAAUGCCGCCAGCGUGGCAGGCGAGCUGGCCAAGGAGACCCGCGGCACCAUCUACGCCGGAGACAUCACCUCCUCUAUGAAGCUCAUGGAGCAGCUGGUGGACAUCCUGGAUGCACAGCUCCAGGAGUUGACACCCACGGAGAAGGAGCCCUCGCCCCGUAGCUUCGUCAAGUUGCAGAAGCGAGGUUCGCUGUGCAGAGCGUACAUCAAGGCCAUCGUGGAGGCUGUGAACAACCUGCUGAAGCCGGACGCCCUGCAGUCCUGGCGCGACAUGAACGACACGGAGCAGACGCACGCCGCCACCAUGAUGGUGGACACCAUCGAGGAGGGCGCCUUUGUGCUGGCCGAGAACCUCAUGGAGCAGGACAACGUCUCCAUUGCGACCGACAACAUCGUGCUCUCCAUCUUGGUGCUCAACACGGAGGGCUCUCUGCGUGACUACUCCUUCCCGGCGGGAGGCCAGGACGGUGACUCCAUCGUUCUCUCCGCCAACACCAUCAAGCAGAACAGCCGCAACGGCGUGACGAAGCUGGUGUUCACUCUGUACGACAAGCUGGCUCCCUUCCUGAGCACGGAGAACGCCACGGUGGGGAACGCACUGAACAACGCGACGGGCCAGAACCACUCGCUGGCGGUGAGCUCACGCAUCAUCUCGGCCUCCAUCAACAAGGAGCUGAACCGCGUCUUCCUCAGCGAGCCCGUCGUCUUCACGCUGCGCCACAACCAGUCCGAUGGAAACUUCAACCCCAACUGUUCCUUCUGGAACUACUCGUCGCACACGAUGCUGGGCCACUGGUCGAGCCACGGCUGCAAACUGCUGUCCACCAACGCCUCCCACACCACCUGCGCUUGCAACCACCUGACCAACUUCGCGGUGCUCAUGGCGCGCCGUGACAUCGAGUACGGAGACAAGGCCCACGAGCUGCUGCUCCUGGUGAUCACGUGGGUGGGGAUCCUCGUGUCGCUGCUCUGCCUCGCCAUGGCCAUCUUCACGUUCUGCUUCUUCCGCGGCCUGCAGAGCGACCGCAACACCAUCCACAAGAACCUGUGCAUUAACCUCUUCCUGGCCGAGAUGCUCUUCCUGCUUGGCAUUGACAAAACGCAGUACACGAUCGUGUGCUCGGUGUUCGCUGGGCUGCUGCACUUCUUCUUCCUGGCGGCAUUCGCGUGGAUGUGCCUGGAGGGAGUGCAGCUCUACCUCAUGCUCGUCGAGGUGUUUGAGAGCGAGUACUCUCGCCGCAAAUACUUCUACCUCUUCGGCUACGGCCUGCCCGCCGCCGUGGUGGGCAUAUCCACCGCCAUCGACUACACAAGCUACGGCACCGCCAAAGUGUGCUGGCUCAGGACAGACAACCAUUUCAUCUGGAGCUUCCUCGGGCCUGUCGCUCUGAUCAUCCUGGUAAACCUUAUCUUCCUCCUUAUAACGCUGUACAAGAUGCUCCGCCACUCGGCUCCACUGAAACCCGACACCAACCGCCUGGAGAACAUCAAUCACCCUGUCUGUGAUGGAUUCUAUAACACGGAUUUGCCAGGCUAUCAGGAAAGCAAAGAGUUUGUCAAGUCGUGGGUGCUCGGGGCCAUCGCCCUCCUCUGCCUGCUGGGCCUCACCUGGGUGUUCGGUUUGCUCUUCAUCGACAAGGCCACGCUCGUCAUGGCCUACCUCUUCACCAUCUUCAACUCCUUCCAGGGCAUGUUCAUCUUCAUCUUCCACUGCAUCCUGCAGAAGAAGGUGCGCAAGGAGUACAGCAAGUGCCUCCGCCACUCGGACUGCUGCGGGGGAUGGGGUGGAGACUCUUCCUACAACUCGAGCAAGAACACCAACUCCAGGAACAGCACACGCUACUCGCCAAACUCGCAGAGCCGCAUUCGGAGGAUGUGGAAUGACACCGUGCGCAAGCAGACCGAGUCCUCCUUCAUCUCCGGGGACAUCAACAGCAGCUCCACUCUGAACCGGGGCCUGGUGGGUAACCAGCUUCUCAGCAACUCCCUGCUGCGCCCGCAUGGCUCUAACAACCUGUAUAACACGCUGCUGGCCGACACGGUGGUGUGUAACGCGCCGGCCACCGGCGUCUACCGCAAGUCACCAGAGCACUCAAUGACCAAUGCAAGAGACACAAGCACAAUGGAUACUCUACCGCUAAAUGGUAACCACGGCAAGAGCUACCACCUGAGCAGCAGGGACUUCCUGGGAGACCAGCGGGGCGGCCCCGGGCUCUCAGAGCCCCCUUACGACAACAAAACCCGUCUCUCCGAACUCCACCCGACAAACGGGCCCGUCUUCCUCUCCGACUCCGAGGGCGUACUCGAGAGCCGAUCGGCGCAGGGAUGUAGGCCUCCCGACCCCGACAGCGACUCGCGCAACGGACCCGCGUACCUAGCCGGUGGCGAGCGCGACGCCACCGCCAAGCACCAGCUGGUGUACGUGGGGCGGCAGGACACCCAGUGGGAGAACCGCAAUCCCCGGCACCAGCUGGUUUACGUGGGCAAGAGGGACAGCCUGCAGGGCGACCUCAAAGCCCAACUGGUGUACGUGGGACGGCAGGACGGCUUGACCGACGACGCGAUGCCGCAGUUCGACCGCGGCCGGGCCGGCGACUGCGGCGGCAGCGGCAGCAGCAGCGAGGACGACGCCAUCGUCGCCGACGUGCCGGCGCUCGCCCCGGCCCAGGGGGCGGGGGUGCCGGGGCUCGUCCAGGAAGGCUCGGGCGCUCCGCUGCUGCCCACGCGCACCCACUCGCUGCAGCCGCCCCACCGCCGGGCCGCGCGGCCGCCCGGCGGCCCCGACGCGCCCGUCACCUUCUUCCCGCUGCUGUCUCCGAAGCAAGUGGCCGAGCUGCAGUCGCCCACGCGGGACUCGCUGUACACCAGCAUGCCCGACCUGCGGGAGCCCGGUCGCCCGGACCCGAGCGGGGCCGGCGGCGCGGAGCAGGAGCUCUUCUGCCAGUCGGUGCCGCGAGCCUCCUCCAAGCCCCAGCUGCACGCCUACUACCAGCCGAGCCGCGGCGGGAGCGAGGGGCGGGACCUGCCCCGCGGCGACGCCUGCCCCCCGCCGCCGCCGCCGCCGCCCGAGCCGAGCCGGGACGGCGGGGACGGCCACGCGGCGGGGCGCGGGAACAGGGAGAGCCGGGACGAGGUGGACUGCUGCGAGGGCUUUGCUCCGCCGGACGAGAGCAAAAAGAGCGAGGCGACCGAGGGAGACAUCCGAGAAGGCAGCAGCACCCAGCUGGUCACCAGCCUAUAACGGCCGCAGCCCCGCUGGGCGCCGCUGCACCGUGCGCUCGGAACGACUCCGACCGGGAAGCCACCUGCUCACGCCAUCUGUACAAAUCCCCCCAUCUCGCUGUAAAUGUGGUGUCGUGGACGGAACGUUAAAUAAGCCUUGCUUUUAAGUUAACUGCUUUCAUCGGUUAAAAUUAAGACUCAUACUAGUUCAUACAUUAUAUCGUCGUGUUUUAAAGACCUCAGAAGCAAUUCAAGUUGUAUUCUAUGUAUAUAAAUAUCAUCCUAUGGCCUAAGUAUUCACAAAUACAGGGUACAUGCAGUAGCUGCCCUGAAAAUUAUUGCUUUAAUUUAAACCAGAUGGAUCUGGAGGCCUACCCUACAUUGUGCUAUUGGCAUAAUAUUCUCACUUUGCAUGAUGUCAAAACAGUUUUUGAGAAGCCCCUCUGUGCCACGAUGGUGGAAUUCAAUAUCGUGUGAACCGACCAUGCCGCUUGCAUCUGCACUUUUUCUGACGCUUUUCUGCCAAGUGUUUGCUCCCAGGGACCCAGGCUACACAUUUCUGCUGAUUCUCAUAUUCACACGAAGUUUGUGACGCCGGUUAUUUUAAAGCAAAAGUGUGUGGGGGGCGGAGCAACACAACCUCUACCGAUAGAAACCAAAAACAAACGUACAUACAACAACAACAACAUAUUCUACAACAACAACAACAACUUCCCCUGUUCGUGGCACCUUGAAAUUUCACCAAGAGUCGUCUCGGACCACACCACAAAAGAACUUCCACAAUCCUCCUCCCAACAAAUCCGGCAAAAACGGCGCCCGGGGGGGGUAACGCGUACAGACGCGUGCCGGAGAGCAUCCGCGUGAGAAAACGUUCAUUGGUCGUGACAUUGGAUGAAUCCGUCCGUGGUUUGUCAGGUGACAAGCGCGCAAAGCGGACCGAGGAUGCGUCGUUGACUGUGAGAGAGCGAUAGCACGGAACUGGAAUUUUGUAUCGUGCGAGAGACUUCUAACGGCCACUUGAAGCGGUAUGAGGACGUAUCGGCGGGGCCCUGCAGUCGAAAAGGCCACUGUGUGAUGCAGGGAGUUCCUUGACAGUAUUAUCUGCAAUAUUCUGUGGUUAGCACAGACCGCGUGCAGCUAAACCCCACGACGUUUGAUCCAGUAGAUCUGUAAAAAAAUACACAAAAUAAAGACGUGUGUACUAUAUAACGCUGCCUAAACAAAAAAAAAAGGGAAGGGACUCUGGCCCGUUAGUUGAAUUACGCUUUCGUUUCAAGGGAGUAAUCGUAGAGAAAGAAGUAUAACGUGAACAAGUGCUGUGAUCACUUUCUUCUGUUCUUGUAGAUAGAUACAGUGGGCUUCGCGUGGAACCGCCCUGGCACUCGGCUUACCCCGAGUGACAUUUUUACGCAGCCUCGCGACGGAAGGCAACGCAGCCCUGGUGUGUUCGUGACGCAUCAAUGCACGCCAUCCCAUGUACACACAUUCCUUUGCAAGCAUGCUCUUCCCAGCCCUCUCUCCCCACCAGUCUCCUCGUGUGCCCCUGUGUGUCGGUGUAUCUCUGUCUUGUGUCCAUGCCAGAGCCUAUCCCCCCUUCCCCAUCCGUUCCCCCCCCCACCUCAGGAUUCAUCCGACCCGAGUAAGCCGUCACCAAAACACGCGAUAUGUGUGUGCCGCCGUUGUUGUCACUUGUAUUGACGGCCAGUGAAGGUCUCGAGACAUAUCCAUUGCAAAUCAUGCAAAUUAAUCCUUAAGUUUUUGAGCCUGGCUGAUGUGGCUUCGAUCUUAUUUCACUUUUUUUACGUGAUUACUGCAGAUAUCUACCCGUAAGCAAACGGAAGUGCGAGGAAUCAUUCUGUAGUGUAGAAUUAUAAAUACAAAAAAACGAAUAACGUAGAUAUACACUUCUUACCGUAGAUUAUUUGGUUGAAAUGUCGCCGAUGGCUUUUGCCGGCCGGCCUUGCGAGGUGUGAGCGCUAAAUGGGGGGGGGGGGGGGGGGAGAAUCCGAUGCCACGAACUCGCGGGGAAUAGACGAGCACGAGUCCCGGAGUGGAACCGGCACGAGUUCCAGAGACAGUGGGAUGGGCCCUGGAGAUGAACCAGGAUGAGUUCCAGAGACUAUAGGAUGGGCCCUGGAGAUGAACCAGGAUGAGUUCCAGAGACUAUGGGAUGGGCCCUGGAGAUGAACCAGGACGAGUUCCAGAGACAGUGGGAUGGGCCCUGGAGAUGAACCAGGAUGAGUUCCAGAGACUAUGGCAUGGGCCCUGGAGAUGAACCAGGAUGAGUUCCAGAGACUAUGGGAUGGAUACCGAAGUCGAACCAGGAUGAGUUCCGUAGACAAUGGGAUGGUUACCGAAGUCGAACCAGGAUGAGUUCCAGAGACAGUGGGAUGGGCCCUGGAGAUGAACCAGGAUGAGUUCCAGAGACAGUGGGAUGGUUACCGAAGUCGAACCAGGAUGAGUUCCGUAGACAAUGGGAUGGAUGCCGGAGUCGAACGGGACGAGUGAGCGAGUGGAUCAUGCCCCACACCGCGCCGCGUGCUGCUUCCGUAAGCAUAGAGUAGUUCUCGCGAGUCUCGUUUAAGAGUCGCAUUUCUUUAAAUUAUUACUCAUUGAUUUGAAAGGUACUUUUAUGAGUACUACGAUUAAUCUGUGGCUAAUAUUUGUUGUACAUGUUUAACAGUAGUCUGUGGCUAAUAAAUGUUACAGCUUUAUAAACUGUAAA